UAAUGUUUCAUCAGGUUUUAUCACUUAGGUUACAGAUCAGCUAAUGAUCACAUAAUAAGUCAAGUAUUAAUAAUGCUUGGGAGGAGACUAAUGUAAAAGGGACAUAUCAGUGUUCAUACAGGAUCUGCAGUCACAAGUGUGGUGUUGCUGGGGAUAUGUUUCCCACAAUGCAAUGCACAGAGGAAAUAGAUCAGCUGCAAAAGAUUCCAACUAAUUGUGGAUGUUGGUGAUGCAGCUCAGAGAGGACGUCCAACAAGUAGCAGGAAACAGGUAUAGACACACAUGCAGCUUCGUGUCUGCAGCGGCUAGCUAGCCAUGCCGAGCUCGGGGUUUAAUCCUGCGGGGCUCUACCCUUCUUCCUAGGAUCUUGGUCAGAACCUCCAGGACCGUCCAGGACUCUCAAGCCUCCCGUGACCAUCUGUGACCUGGCAACAUGGGGGAAAGGCGGGCACACUCCUUCCACAUGACAUGCCACGUGCAGCAUGACUAUGGCAGCAGGAUGGGGAGCUCCUUCAUAAGUUGCAGUCCCAAUGGAUAUGCCAGCACCAGCCUCAGCUUGGAGCAGGAGAUGGACGCUGACCUCGCAGCCUUGACGGGCACUUCUGCCGUACGGGCCCCUGAACCUGACAGAAGCCACUACUCUCCUGUUUCACUGGAACUGGACCCCACAGCGGUGAAUAAUGGAUCAGGCAUUUCCUGCUGUCCACCAGCAGACACAAAGGACCCAGCAUUGCAGAUGAUACACGACCUGUCCUCGACCACCUCUAUCCCGCCACCUCUGCCUCGUUCGAGCUGGCUGCAUCAUCACCAAAAGGAUUUCCAGAGCCCGUACAUCAAGACUAGCAUGCAGGGGGAUGUUUACAACUUCCUAGAGAGACCUGCUGGACUGAAAUGCUUCCUCUACCACUUCCUUGUCUUUGUCAUGGUCCUGGUGUGUCUUAUCUUCAGUGUCUUGUCAACUAUAGAGCAGUAUGCAGACUUUGCCACUGGAACCCUCUUCUGGAUGGAGAUUGUGCUGGUGCUUUUCUUUGGCACGGAGUACGUGGUGCGGCUGUGGUCAGCAGGCUGUCGCAACAAAUAUUCAGGCAUCAAAGGACGCCUCCGCUUUAUCAGGAAGCCCAUAUCAAUCAUAGAUUUAAUAGUGGUCAUUGCCUCAAUCAUUGUGCUCGGUGUUGGGUCCAAUGGCCAAGUCUUCGCCACGUCUGCCAUCAGGGGCAUCCGGUUCCUCCAAAUCCUGCGCAUGCUGCACGUGGAUCGACAGGGGGGAACAUGGAGGCUCCUGGGAUCUGUAGUCUUCAUUCAUCGACAGGAGCUGAUCACUACUCUGUACAUCGGAUUCCUGGGCCUGAUCUUUUCGUCCUACUUUGUCUACUUGGCGGAGAAGGAUGCUGUGGAUGAGGAGGGCAAGACGGGCUUCUCCAGCUACGCUGAUGCCCUGUGGUGGGGCGUGGUGACAGUCACCACCAUCGGCUAUGGAGACAAGAUUCCUCAAACGUGGAUCGGCAAGGCCAUUGCCUCCUGCUUCAGCGUCUUUGCCAUCUCCUUCUUUGCUCUGCCAGCUGGUAUCUUGGGAUCAGGUUUUGCCCUAAAGGUGCAACAGAAGCAGAGACAGAAGCAUUUCAACAGACAGAUUCCUGCUGCAGCUUCUCUCAUUCAGACGCUGUGGAGGUGUUAUGCAGCGGAGAAACCAUGUGGCUGUGCUGCUACAUGGAAAAUGUACGUCCUGACUCCAGAGGCUGUCACCACAGUGGAAUCUGACAACUCCAGUCCUAACAUUAGGAAACUGCACAUAUCGAAAAGGGGGACCAAGAGGAGGCUGAAGUCCAGGGGUAAUGGCUCUAUGGGUGGAGGGUCAGAGAGAGCCAUAUCCAUCCCCCAGAUCACCUACGAUCACAUCGAUGACUCUGUGGAGAAGAAAGAUGUCACCUUUUUCUUGGAAGAGCCGAGGGGGACUGUCGAAGGACUCACCAGAAUGCUCAGACAAACAGUGAGGAGGAAUCACGAUAACACCUCCAUUGACAUCUCCCGCGCCAACAGCUUAACCGAUGAGCUCGACUACAUGAGUGAGGACAUUCCCCUGCCAGUGGUGAAGGACAAAGCUCAGUUGUCCCAUGCCCAGAGGUCAGCUGUAAAAGUCCUCCGCAGGAUGCAGUACUUUGUGGCCAGGAAGAAAUUUCAGCAAGCACGGAAACCCUACGAUGUGCGGGACGUGAUUGAGCAGUAUUCCCAGGGUCACCUCAACAUGAUGGUCCGCAUCAAGGAGCUACAGAGAAGACUGGACGGCACUCUGGGAAAACCAGGAAUGUUUCUUCCAGGAAAAGGGGAAGAUAAAGAAUACCCGACCGUUGGAGCACGACUGAUCAGGCUAGAAGAUAAGGUUCAUCAGAUGGACCAGAAAAUGGACUCUGUCCUGCGGAUUCUAAAGGAGCAGUUCCUGCCCAAACCAGAGCUGACGUCCAAGCCCUCCAUCCGCAGGGUGACCAUCCAGAAGUGCAUGGGUGCCAGCAUCGAUGAAGGGCCCUGAUUUCAUGGAGACAGGCGCGCUACUGGGUAUGAUGAUGUCAUUACCAAAGGACAUUUAAAAAGGACAUGAGUACACAUACACAUCUUGGCCUCCUAUACGGGGGGCUUGCACAAUAAUAUGGUUACUCAUUUUUCCGAACUUCAUUCCCACUUUUCUUCUAAACUUCCAAGGCUUUCAAUCCCUAAGAAGGCAACAACUUGAUGCAUAGAACCACUGACAGUGGUGUUGUGAGACAGUUGACUUUUUGAUGAUUUUUGCGCCUGUAAGGGUCUCUCUUUUUCGACAUGCAGCUUUCUCCUCUGCACCAGCAUUGUGGGCCCUCUGUCUUUUCCGUGCAGUGACACGCCACAUGAAUUUAUUUCACUACAUUAACCUCAUAAUCACACUACUCAGAUGAUGUUAAUUUAUGUGUGGCCUGUCACUGAGCUGCAUUCCUGCACUCCAAAUAUUAUUCCAAAGCUAACUAACCCAGUAAUGAAGUCGUAAUGCAAUCAAAGCACCCGAGUUCCCCAAAGACACAGAGAAAAACCCAGAAUCCAGCCAUGGCAGAGGCAUUCCUCAAAUCCGUCUGAUUAUCUUGGCACCAUCCACACCGAGUACACAACAGGGUUAUUUCUAUAGCCACAUAUCCAUCUAGCCUAACUGUACUUAGACUGCGGCGGCUGUUUGUUAGUAGUGAUCAAAUAACACGAGGAGGGAAAGGCAGAUUAUCUGUUGACUUUGCCUGCAUUACAGGGACCGGAAGGCUGGAGUAAAAAGAAAUGGAACUAAAGAAAUGUGUGCGGGGUGGGUGGGGGUGGUUAACGCGGCGCUGAUUUACAGCUACGUUUGGGCUAAUAAAAAUAGCCAAACUGCCAAGACAGGGCCUGGUGCUGUGUUACAGAAAUACAGUCAGAAGUUAUGGCACGAUCUCUGUUUGCUCAAGGUUUUCACUGGGAGAUUUCAAAUGCAUAUCGAUCUCAGGCUGCAGCACCACCAGGACAGGGCUUAAUAUCCUCUUUUACCCUCUUCAGGGGGGCUCUCACUGCUGUGUGCGAUUUGAAAUAAAUUUGCCCCCAUUAAAGUCUCUAAUAUUUUUUUUUUCUCUUCUGAGCUAAUGAAGUGCUGAAUUCCUUGUAAGGGAGAUCACUCAAUGUGAGCUUCUAAUGAAAAGUAACUGGAAAAUGUGCAGAAUUCAAGCUCUGAGGAGCGGGCGCACUGAUUCUGUUUGAAACAUUUGGGAAAUAUCAGGCUACCGCUGAGAGCCCACAUUUGAAAUAAAGAGACAAUGCUAUCACUGUGCUCCUGUACUCAUUGUAUUUAUCUGACAGGACACGGAGGCAUGUAGGAAGUAGAAAAUAGAAAAUAACUCAACUAUGUAGCUACUGUUUGAAAGGCCUCCCAUAAUUAUAGCAUUCACAUUCCUAAAAAGUCAGAUGCACACACAAAAGAGGGAUGAACGAGGGAAGGGGAGAGAGGAGAGGCUGACUCUCUGCACUAGCAUAUAUAUUGUCAUUUUUUGCAGUGAUUGAAUAUUAGCUAUUAUUUAUUUUCCAUGAAAUGAAGUGGUUGUAUUUUAAAUAAACUCAAAUUUUGUGACAGACCUUGAUACAUAUCUGCCUGUCUGAUCUCCUGUACAGUUUUAUAAGAGUUGUAAAUAGAAACAUUGCCUUAUUGUACUGUAUUUAUUAUCAUGUGGAAAGAUCAACCUGGAACAUGUCUGCUUGUCCGUGUGAUGAGAAACACAGGCCGAGGCUCCUGUUGUACAGAUGGAUGGAAAUGAUUGUAAAUGAUAUUCACGCAUACCCUCUGCAAUGUGGCUCUGCUGUA